AUGAUUAGGUCGGUUAGAAAGAAGAAGUUUUCAAGGCUACGCCGCUUGAUUUCGUGCACAAAAGAUCGGAAGAAAAAUGGAACCGAUAACUGUGGGGAGACGGAUUCGUCUUACGAGAAUGAGAACAAAGCUCAGAACACUGCGGUGAAAGGAACACCUUCAACACCUGCAAAAGCAUUGAGGGGCUCCCCGCCGUCGACACCGUCAACAAUUCCUGAAACAUCAACGCCGCAAAAGAAUGAGAGAUCAAAAGAUAGUGCCUUUGUUGUCACGUACAAUAACGAGCACUCGGCAUCCCAUGAAUCGAUAUAUGAAAACGCGCCUGAGGCUCAGUCCAGUGUCGUAUUUGUCCGGAGAGAUAGUUUUAACCAGCUACCCGGUGGUCCUGAAAACCCCAGCGGUAUAGGACGAAGCCAAGAGAUAGCAACUGCCUUGGAGAUUGACCAACGUGAGCUAGUUAUAUCAACGGAAGAUGAUAUCGUUUCAGUGCCGCAAGAGGACUCAACCGAGCUCGACCAUGUGAGUAGACAGCUCUUUCAAAAGUUGGAAAAAUCUCAGAAGGAUGUUUUGGCUUCCGUUGUUUAUCAAAAAUCAAUAAAUGAACCAGGAAGUAAAAAAGACCAAAAGCCUUUGACUAAAAUCCCUGACCAUCCGGCUCUUGGGAAUCUUGAAAAGUACCGGUCGGGGCUUGCAUCUGGUACUCUACGUCGAAGCAGUUGUGCAGAGGGAGAUUUGCCUAAAAGUUUCAUGGGAGAAAGUGAUCGUAAUCUGGACAAGGGAUCAGUUUCAGAAGGGUUCAAGUUGCUCUGGGACGAGACAACGAAGAAUUUGGAAUCGAUGAACAAAGUAUUUUCAUCAUGUGCACUUGAUUGGAAGCAGGAGACGCAGGAAAGCUUUGGUGAAUUUGCGUACAAUGGGGAGGACGGGAGAAAGGCACCACUAAAUGGGUCGUGGUUGGCAUUUCCAGACGAGCAUGGGGAAGAUAUUAGUCUGUUGUCCUAUCCAAAAGACAUUGCGUCCAUUUCCAGUCGAUGGACGGAGUCACAACUAGAUGGCACACCGGUCCUUAGAAAAGAAAUUGCAACGAUUGUUGAAGAAGACCAACCAAUACAAGAGAAUUCUAAAUCCCGAUACAAUCGGUGGCUGUGA